AUGUCGUGCCCUCAGUGCUUUUCCGGCCAUGUCAAUCCAGGCGCUCCUACUGGUCGUUGGAAUACCGUUCAUGGCCUUCGGACUUACAUUGCAGAACCCCCCGCCGGCAAGAGCGCGAAAGCUAUUAUUGUCAUAAUUCCUGACGCGUUCGGUGUUGGCUUUGUUAACAAUCAGAUUCUGGCGGAUCAUUAUGCUUCAGCCGCUGACUAUUUGGUUUACCUACCCGAUUUUAUGGAUGCGGAAACUAAAUUGGCUAGUGGCCACGCCUUAGCUGAUGCAGUUUUCACUGCCCAUCCAAGUAGUGUUGAUGCCAUACCAGAUAUUGGCAAUGUCGCACGACCUCUCUCUAUCGCAAUUGGCGACGAUGAUCCCGUAAUGGGAAUGAAGCAAGUGCGACAAGCCCAAUCAAUCUUGGAGGGCAAGGAUGUUGAUACAAGCGUGGUUAUCUACCCUCGAGCAAAGCAUGGGUUCUCAAUUCGCGCAAGCAGGGCAGAGCCUGACUCAAAAGAGACGCGACAGGCAGAGGAAGCUGAAGAACAGGCAAUUGCCUGGUUCAAGAAGCAAUUCAGUGUUGUAGUGUAG